CUUCCCAUUCCACAUAUAACGGCCAUUCAUUCAAAAUGACAUCGGCAUACAUACGAGUAUAUACAUACACACAUACUUAUGUACAUACAUAACGCACAUAGCGGUUGUCUAGUAAUAAAAGUGCUGCUUAAAAAUAAAAAUAAAAUAAUAAAUUUGUUAACUAAAUACGUGUUUAUUCAGACCGAUUAUUCAUUAAUAAAAAUAAUAAAUAAUAAUAACGAAUCGUUGCCCAAUUCGGAAAGCAAACAAUUCUUCUUUAUUCAUAUUUUCGGUUUUUCGAUGACAACGACAUUUGCCUCAUGCGCGCAACAUUGGAUUCAUUCAUAAGCAGAAACUAAUUGUGCUGGCAAGCCCAGUCUGGAGAUUGCCAGCAAGCCGUGAAGUCUACAGAAACGGAUACAUAAAAAGAAAUUCAUAAAAAUAAACAACACAAAAGCACAGCUGACAAUGAACGGAAUUCACCUAUUACUUCUCAUCAUCACCGCAAUGGCCAGUUGUGACUGCGUCACCGGUCAAACAUUGACUUCGCAGCUCAUCCAGUCUGUCGUCAGCGCACAGCCCAAUGAGAAUGUGAUCGUGUCGCCAAUUUCCAUAGAAACCUGUUUAGCGCUAGCCUACCUGGGCGCUGAAGGUCAAACGGCUGAGGAAUUGGCCAACAGUCUGGCACUAAAACACGCCGGCGAUAAGCAAAGCACUGCACAGAAGUUCGGCAAACUCUUUGAGAAGACCAAGUCAGUGGGUAGCGCAACAUUUCGUUUGGCCAAUCGCAUUUACCUGGAUCAACGUUUUCAAAUUUCCACCAAAUACAAUGAGCUCGCCGUUAACCAAAUGCACGCCAACGCCGAGAAUGUGCGCUUUGCUAAUGCAACUGCAACAGCGGCGACAAUUAAUAGCUGGGUGGAAGCCGAAACUGAUAAUAAAAUACGUGGCCUAAUUCCUGCCAACAGCUUGGAUGCCAAUACGGCGCUGGUGCUGGUGAAUGCGCUCUACUUCAAGGCGAAGUGGUUGAAUCAAUUCAGCAAUCAUUCGACUACGAAGCGCGAUUUCCACAUGAAUGCCGCGCGCAAGUUGGAAGUGGAUAUGAUGAGGCAGACGGACACAUUUCUGUAUGGCGACUUCAAGGAGCUGGAUGCCACCGCAGUUGAAAUGAAUUAUUUGGAUACAGAUGUCUCAAUGUUGUUGUUGCUGCCGAAGAGUGUUGACGGUUUAGCGGCGUUGGAGGCGAAAUUGAAGAGUGUUGAUUUGGCAAAGUUGUCAGCGGCGAUGCGCACCGAAGAGGUUAACAUACAAUUGCCGAAAUUUAAAUUUGAAUUCGAUCUGGACCUAAAGCCAGUGUUGGCGCAAUUGGGCGUAACCACCAUGUUCAGUGAUAAAGCCGAUUUUAGCAGCAUGCUGGCGGAGAAAGAAAAAGUAGCCGUUUCCCAAGCUCAGCAUAAAGCUUUCAUCGAAGUUAACGAAUCUGGCACUGAGGCUGCAGCGGCUACAUAUUUAAAAAUUGUACCGUUAUCGGCUACAUUUGCACAGCAAACAUACCAGUUCGUCGCCGAUCAUCCAUUUGUAUUUGCAAUUAAAGACAAUGAAAAUGUCUAUUUCGUUGGUCAUGUCACACAUUUCUAAUUAUAAUUGUUGUUAUUCAUAACAAACAAGUGUAAAUAUUUACAUAGGUAUUUUACAAACAGCAAAGAAUGAGUGUGCUCUGUAAAUAUAACAUGACGAUACAGGAUUUUACAACAGUAAACCCAUUGCAGCAGUUUCAUUAAAUGUUGUAAUUUUGUAGAACACGCAAGAGUUUGAUAAACGUAAACAUAAUUAUUGCUUUCGUUAAUAUUGAAUAUAUGUAAACCUUAUUUAGAAAAAUAAAAAAAAAUAUAACCAUACA